AUGAGCAAAACGGGCCGCCGCUCUGCGAGUGGCGACGACAGCGAUGAUGCGCUGGAGCGUGUCGCCCUGACCGUCACGCGACGCAGCUGGGCGGCACGACGUGAGGAGGCGCCGAAGCCCACUGCGGCUGGCGUCCAUAACAGCAGCACCAGCAGCAGCAGUGACACACAGGCGGUCGGCGGUCUCACGGCAACCACUCUGACAUCCACACCGCUGCACAGCACCGCGGUGUGUGCCACACCCUUGACAUCUGACAGCCAAACGCAGCAGCAGCGGAAGCGGCAGAGCCGAGAGGUGUCUAUUGACCUUGUGUGGGGCGAGGAGGGGGCGGAGCAUGAUGUGACGCCGUCAACCGUUCUGACGCGUGCGCCGCGUCCAAUGAGUUGGGGCGAUGCGUCAUCGCCGGCGGCUGUGCGUCGGCGCCUUUCCCUCCACGAGGUCGGCCGCAGAAGCGGCACUGUCGCCACCACAGUGGCAGUAGGGGCGACACAGCAGACGCCCUCGCCGAUGGCUGCACGUGUGUCGAUUCCGGUGGUGACGCCGACGCCUGCGAGUCAUAUGCGGCCGUUUUUGCUGCAGCCGACCGAUCCGCCGACGGAGUCACGCGGGUUGUCCGUGCGGCCGGGCUACACGCUGCCGAGCCCCAGCACACCGCUGUGGGCCGCAUUGGAGGAGGAGGUGGGUGAGGCGGACGGAAGCUUGCAUGAAAACAAUGACGACGAUGUGGCGCGGCUGUCGCUGGCACGUCGGCCCUUGUCCUUUGCGCAGCACGCACCGCCGGUGGUGUUGUCCGCCACGGACACCGUGGAGGUCGCACCGUCGUUGACCCCACACAGCCAGCGGCGACUGGAGCUGUCGCAGCGUCAGAUGAAGGCGGACGCGUGGGCGGAGCAGACACGACGGUUCUUCGAUUUGAUUGACCAGCGGCCGCUUCUGACUGUGACGGUGGACGAGGCACACUAA